UAAUAACUUCACUUCUACUUUUUUUGAUAACAUUAGCUAUGUUUAUGAUAGUGGAUGAAGCGGAAGUUAUUCAACCCGAAAUGGACGAAGAAAAUCAUAGAGAUGCUCCAAAUGUAAGGGACGUGCGUCUGAAUCGAAACAAUGACUCCGAUGCAGACGCUUCUUUCAUUUCUGAGCCCGGUUCUGUGUCAUGCCUUCACAGAUGCCAGUCCGAAGAAGCUAAAAGACUAUGUAUUUUCGAUUUGACACAAAAAUUAAAACAUAGCUGUGAUUAUGAUAUUGGAGGGACCUACACAAGAAAUGAACCUGAUCUUUGGUUCUUCUAUUCAACCUCAAUAUGCCCCGGGUAUAAUUACUUAGUAAAUCUCUUUGUGUGUCAUAGGAAAAUCGGCUCUUUUUCUAUUGGUGUUAGUAAUUCAAAUGUAUUAGCCGAUUCUGAUAAGAUAAAAGAUUUCAUUGGGACGGCGACUUUACCUCAAACUUUAGUAUGGUACACUUUUAAGAGUGCUCAGCCCAAUGAGAUAUACCAUAUCAAAACAUUUUGUUUUAAUGAAAGUGGAGUUAAGUCUCUGGGCCGCNAUUUAGUCGAUUCGGUCAAUUUCAUAUAUAUAUAA